UUUACACACACAAACACAAUUCUCUUCAACAUCUUUUCUUAUUUCAUCAUCUCUACUCUUUUCUCUUGAGUUUUCUUAUCAUGGGCAAGGACAAGAGCAGGGCUGCCACCUCCGGAAAAUCAAAGUCCAAAUCCCGGGCGCCUACGACAUCCACCGAGGAACGCCUCUACUAUGGUGACGGGUCAUACCUUUGGUUUGAUUCCGAGGAGGAACGCACCCGUUUCCUCACUUUCUUCUCUAAACGGGUUGUGGCUCCACCACGGAUCAUCCCGGAGCGCUACCCGGAGCUGCAGGGCUACGACGACCUCGAUCUUGGGUGCAUCGCCGGCGUCCCCUACCAAGGUGACGACGUUUCCCUAUAUGGCGGAGAGGACUGGGUGCUCAACAACGAGGGCCUUAUCCUCAACGAGCUUGGCAUCACCGAGCUCAUCCGCCAUGCCUCGGGCCGCCCCACCAUCCACUCCGCGAACCCCGAAGGCCGUCUUCUUCUCUACAUCGUCUCCCGGAUCAUCAAACCCAAGAAGCACGGCCACACCAUCAUGUCCGGUGAAGAUCUCAAGCUCAUCCAUGCGAUCAUGCAUUCGGCCCCAAUCAAUUGGGCAAAGUUUGUCAUGAUCAACAUGACGAUUGCCGCGUCCACCGACCACGAUUACCUCCUCCCGUACCCGUUCGUGGUGAUAGACAUCCUUGAAUGGUUCAAGGUGACCACCACCGUUGGCCCACUCACAAAGGCCACGAAGAUUUGGGCGAUUAGCACCCAAACCUUCAAGAAGCGGUCAGACAACGCCGGACCUGCCACUGCCGUGCCACGGCCCCGUUUUGCUGCUAGCCCAGCCAAACCCCAGACCCGGGCCAACCUUGCCUCCAUUGCUGACUCUCUCAACCGGCUGCACUUCAAAGUUGAUGGGAUGGAUGGCUACCUUGAAAGACUUGACGAGGCAGUCCAACGUCAAGGGUACGCCAUGAACGCGUACUUCCAACGCGUUAACUACGUCCCCCCACCGCACCAUGGCACGUUCUUUGGGCAGGUGUACGGUGACGAGGACGAAGACGAUGCCUCCUACGACCCGUCAAGCUCCUCGGACGAGGACGAGUUCGACGACGCCGUUGAUGGUGAUGAGAUGGACGUCGACGACGACGAGGAGGAAACCGAAGACGAAGACUAGGACGCCCCUAGAAUUUCUAUCUCUUUUAUUUUAAUUAUCCUGUUUUUUUAAUGCUUCCGUUGUACUCCGCUAUUUCCCUUUUUCAAUAAAUAAAAGUUAUCCUCUAUCUUUUUGUUAAUGUCAAAAGGGGGAAGAAAAGGGUUAUGCAUAC